CCCCCGCCCUCCCUCCUUCCCUCCAUCCCUCCCUCCCUCCCUCUCGCUCCCGCUGCUCCGGUUCCACGCACGACGGCGGCGGCGUCCCGCCAUGUCGGCCGCCAAGCACCGGGGCCCUAAGGGGGGCAGCCCUCCCGCUGCCGCCGCCAACAACGAGCGGGGCUCGCAGCCCGGCGGCGCCGAAGAGGCGGCGCCGAAGAAGCCGGCGGCAGCGGCGCACGGCCGAGGCGGCAGGGCCGGCGCGGGGGGUGCGGGGGGCCGCUCCGGUGCUGGUCCCCGGCGCGGCUGGGGGCUGGUGCUGGGCGCCGCGCUGGUGCUGGGCAUCGCGCUGCCCGCCGGUUGGUACGUGCGGCAGCUGCGGGAGGAGGUCGGGCGGAGCUCCCGGGAGCGAGAGGCCUCCGGCAGGCAGCGGCAGGAGCUGGCCGCCACCCUGGACGCCGUGGUGCAGAAGGUGCGUUCCCUUCAAGCCACAUUUGGAGAGUUUGAAUCCAUGAUGAAAAUUGCGCAGCAGAAGCAGGAAGUUACUGAGAAGGCUGUUAAACAAGGAGAGAGUGAAAUAAACCGGAUCAGUGAAGUGCUUCAGAAGCUGCAAAAUGAAAUUUUGAAAGACUUGUCUGACGGCAUCCACAUGGUGAAGGAUGCAAGGGAACGGGACUUCACAUCUCUGGAAAACACAGUGGAAGAGAGACUAACAGAGCUAACCAAGUCUAUAAAUGAUAACAUUGCUUUAUUCACUGAAGUCCAGCAGAGGAGCCAGGAUGAAAUCAACAAUAUGAAAGCAAAGGUUGAUUCACUAGGAGACAGAGAUGUGUAUAAACAUGAAAUUAAGGUGCUAAAAGAUGCUUUUGAUGAGAUGCAAGCAUUCAUGAAAACCAAAGAAAUGGACAUAGAGACCUUGAAGAGUACAAUAGACUCCAUGGAGUCUGAUGUGUAUACUGAAGUGAAAGAGCUAGUGAACCUCAAACAAGAACAUGAGAAAUUCAAAGAGGCUGCGGACACUGAACAUCUUUCACUGAAAGCUUUACAAGAGAAAGUUCUGAGAGCUGAGGAUUCUAUUAUGCAGCUCCCCAGUGACAUUAAAAGACUCGAUGAAGAUUUACUGCAAGUCAAAGCCGACCUCAACAAAUGGGAAGAAAAUGACCUCUUCAGAAAAGCGUUAGAAACUUUCGGGAAGAACAGCGAAGACCUGGAGUCUCGAUUGAGGCACAUAGAAGACAGCCUGGAGUCUCUUACUUCUGUUGCUUCUCAAAACAGUGAAAAGUUGCAAUCUUUCCUUUCUAAGGAGGCAGAAUACAAUAAUAAGCUCAGUAGCCUGGAACAAAGCAUUACCACUCUUCAGGGGAUCUCGGAUAUGGACAUAACUUCAGUGACAGACAUUGUGAAGAAUCUUGGUGAGUCACAGACCUCGCUGUACAAUGAUGUAGAGGACUUGAGGAGAAGCAUCAGUGACCUGCCAUCCUCUGAUGCUCUUCAGGAUGUCCAGAAGCAAAUUAGUACUCUGCUGGAUCAAGGAAAUGUUCAGACGGGUCAACCACAUUCUCAAGGCUACCUUGAAAAAUUUUCUUCUGUGGAAGGUUCUGUAGAUGAACUGAGAUCUUCUGUCAGCCAGGUGGAUUCUGAUUUGAAAAUGAUAAGAACUGCAGUGGAUAGUUUAGUUGCCUACUCGGUUAAAAUUGAAAAUAAUGAGAACAACUUGGAGUCUGUGAAGAGCUCAAUAGAUGACCUAAGGAAUGAUCUGGAAAGGUUGUUUGUGAAAGUAGAAAAAAUACAUGAAAAAGUUUAGGCAGCGGUGCUCCUUGUGCAAAUAAUGGAUUAAGGAGAAUAGCUUUUGUAUGCCUAUUUUUUUUACUCUUUUUAAAAGCAAUUUGAUACCUCCAAAGAGAGUAAGAAUACUUUAAAACUAGAGACAGUUCUGCUUAUUUCCUUUAUUUCUCUUUUGUGUAGUGAGUUGGGGUUUUCUUUGUGGUUUUUUUUUCUUAAAUAAAGCCCCCUUUUUCUUUAAGAAAACAUGGGUUUAGUUGAAGAUAGAGAUUUUUAAGAGCUCAUCUUCUGUAUAAAGUUGUACCACUGUAACUGUAGUGGUGUAACUAAGGCACUACAGCCUCGUUAGCAUGGGCACAUGUUUAAUGGCAUGAGGCUGUUUGACACUGACACUAGAUGUCCCACACAGAAAGGCUACAGCUCUUCUGGUACUAAAAAUACACUGAGAAUUUUACUGGUAUGUUUUGAUUUAAACAAAACUUACACCUCUUUCGUAAACUCUGAGACUGGUAAAAAUAAGUUUGGACCAGGUUUGAAGCAGCUCAUCUGUUCCUGUAGUUUGAGAUUCAGCCACGUGGCCAGUUUACCAGGUGUCAGCUGAGCUGUAGAGCAUUUCUGUGAGUGGCGUUGCUUGGGGCUAAGACCCAAGAGAGGUGUUCCACCACGUGGCUGGAGAGAUUCAUUCUUUGUACUCUCAGGCUUCUUUGCCAGCACCUUCAGCUGCUGGUGCAGAAGAUCAAUGCUUAGAAGGGGCAUCUGAAGGAUGGGAUUAAUUUCAAGAUGGGACAGUAGUAUUUUUGUCAUUUUUGGACUGUUAACAUGAUGAGGCCGUGUCCAGGGGAGGCUGAAUUUCUCUGUGAUACAGGAUCUUCUGUGAAAAUGAUUACAUUUGAAUGAGGAAAGAGAAGGACUAAAAUUGCACCUCUCGUGUUUCAUGUAUAGCAAGCAUGCUAAUGAUAAUAGUACACUCCAAAACACACAAGGGGGAAAAUCACCAUGAAAUCAGCAGAAUUGCUUCUAGAGUGUAUACAUUUCCGAGUUUUGAGACAGCUGGCAGUGACCUGAACUCUUGUUAUGUAUUCUGGACUUGGUGCCUGAUUCUUGUCACCAUUGUUGUCACUGGGUGUCUUCCUGGGGCAUUGGUAGCGAAGGACCUUCUAGGAACUGGCUGAGAGCGAGGAGAAAGUGUUGUAAUUCUCUAGAUGCUAAUUUAAAACCCACUUUCUCAUGGAGCUUUAUUGGUUUUCUGUUUUUCUGGAACAGAUUUCUAAUAUCCUUCCUUUUCAAGUUUACUUUUGAGUGUAUCCAAAGAUUUGUUGAAGGAGUCUGUGUAUGGAUACCUUGGAAAUAGGUGGUGGGCAUCAUGCCCACGUCAGCCUGCACUAGCUGGAUCCAUGGCUACGUUAGAAAAAAUCCUUAGAAACAUCACCUCCCAGAAGUUGUGUUCUUGUGGGAACAGCACAGGUGAAAAGGAGCUCUAGGUAAAUAAGAUACCGAAUCAUAUCUAGUGUUGUUCCCUCUGUAAAUGGUGAAGAAUUUCUGGCCAAGAAAGAGAGACCCACGGCAUUAAGGUAACUUGUCACUGUUAGAACUGCACUGUUCUUUGUUGACUUCUCGAGUUCUUGAACAAUGUUGUUUAGGUUACUGUGAAACGAACUGUAUGGCUUACUUGCGGUAUUUUUAAUACAUAAUAAACAUUUGGAAUAUUCUUUGCA